AUGCGUUCCCUCAUUCUUCUACUCCUUCUUGUCGGUACAGCACAUGGUUUACUUGGAACCAUUGGUAAUUUAAUUAAUAAUGUUGGUAACACAAUUCAAUCAGUUACCAAUCAAAUAUCUCAAACAGCAACAAAUUUAUGGAAUGGUGCUACAAAUCAAGUUAAUAAUGUUAUUGGUAAUGUAGUGGACAGUGCUGGUAAUAUUUAUGGGCAAUUAGUCAAUACAGUCAAUGGAAUUCAGUUUGCUGCUACUUUUCUAUGGGACAAUACCUUUAGUCCAGCUUAUGAUAUGUUGAUUGAAGGUACACAAUUAUAUCUUGAUGAUAAGUUUGGAAAUAUUGUUAGUGCUCUUGGUCGUCGUUCAGUUUUACCAGAAAAUAUCCUUUCAAGCAAAUAUGCUGAAUUAACAUCUCGUCUUAAAUCAAAUCUUCAUAAUUUAUAUGAAGGUUUAUUUCAAAUGGAACAAGAAGCUUUAGUAGCUUUACAAAGAGGUGAAAAAAAUAUAGAAGAUAAAAUUCGAGCAUUCUAUGGGCGACUUGAUGAAAUUCAAAAGAAAAUUAAUCAAUGGGGUAUUGAAAUAAUACAUGAAUUAGAAACAUAUGCAGUUACAAUUCAAGGUGAUACAUGGGUACAUGCUCUUAAUCAAUAUAGUCAAAAUAUUGAAACAAGUAUUAUAGCUAUGAGUAAAAUGUUUCAAAAAUUAGCAGAAAGUUUAAUGAAAAAUUUGAUUAAUGCAGCUCUAACUAUUAUUCCUGAUUCUUUAGCUGUGAUUGAAAAUUUGAAACAACAAGGUCUUCUUUCAUUUCUUAAUCAUUAA